AUGCGUACCUUCGUUGUUCUGUGUUUUGUGGCUGUAGCAUCUGCUAAUACACUAGGUUACAAUUACCAACCUUCUGCCGGUUUGUUUACUCCUAGUGGCUCUUAUGGUUCUUCAUCGCAUAGUGUUCCUUCUUACGCUCCUCAAGGAUAUACCGCUGAAGCUUCCCACGCUUCACCAUCAUACGCUCCUCAAGCUGAACUUGAAAAGGAAUUUUACACAUUCAGUGCUAACGAUGAUGAUUUUAAUGAUCCUGCUGCUUCAAACCAACUUUCUAAUGCUGUGAAACAAGGUCUACGUGUUAUUUUCAUUAAGGGUCCUGAAAACCGUGGCUUGGAAGACGCUGCACUUUCAUUAGCCAAACAAGCUUCUGGCCAAAAGACUGCCAUCUAUGUCCUCAAUAAACAAGCUGACAUUGGAGAUUUGGCUAACAAACUCAAUUCUGUCAACAAGAAUAACAACAAUAAACCUGAAGUACAUUUUGUCAAAUACCGUACUCCUGAGGAUGCUGCCAAUGCCCAAAAAGCCAUUCAAAGCCAAUAUGAUUCUUUGGGUGGUCCUUCUCAUUCUCAUAAUGGUGGUGUUGCCCCUGUUUUGAACUUUGCUUCUAAAGCUCCAGUGUCAGCACCUGUACAUGCUGCAUCAACCCCUAGUGGUUCAUACUUGCCUGCUUCGAUUUUCCGCUUAUAA